UCCAACCUAAUCCAUCAGAUAAUAUGUCCGAUUGGGAAAAAGUAACGAGCGAGGAUGGUCAGGUAUACUACUACAACUCAAAGACCAAUGAAACUAGCUGGACAUUGCCCGAAGAAACAGCUGUUGUAACUGGCAGUCAAUGGGAAGAGUACACCACCGAAGAUGGCAGGACAUACUACUACAAUGAAUCAACAGGGGAAACCACCUGGGAGAAACCAGCCAAAUUGGAGACUAAGAAAGAGGAAACUGUCGCCAAGGAAGAGGAAUCCGAAGCUGAUUUGGAAUUGGCCAACAAGCCAGUUGUUCUUCCAGCCAUUGAAAAAAAGGAAGAGGAGGGGGAGGAGACAGAAGAUGCAGAGAAGGCUUUUGUUAAGUUGUUGUCUGAUAACAAUGUUGAUUCCACCUGGGCAUUCCAAGCAGUCAUGGAGAAAUUCAUAACAUUUCCUGAAUACUGGAAUGUUCCCAACCCCUUAAAGAGAAAACAACUCUAUGAAGAAUAUCUAGUGUCCAAAUUCCAAGAUGAACUUUCCAAUAAAACAUUACUCAUUGAAAACUUCAAAACUAAUUUCAUCGAAGAAUUAAAAAAGUUGCAAGAAAAGGAGAGCAUGGACUAUAAUACCAGGUGGAUAACUGUACGAAAAGUGCUUAUUGACCAGGACAAUCCCAUAUUCAAGCAUGCAAUAUUACUGGAUUCCGAGUUGGCACAAUUGUACUAUGAAUAUACUGAUGACUUAAAGGCAGAACGCAACUCGUUUAUUGAACAGCAGAAGGAACAAGCAUUGUCUGAAUUGGAAGCAUAUUUGACCCAAAUCAACCCCAGUCUAGUAACCGAAUCAAAAAACUGGCAGGAAUUAUACGACAAAAUCCUCGUUGACCCGAGAUUUAAAGCAAACAAACAUUUCGACAUCUUGAACAAGGUGGACAUAUUGACGCUAUACGAACAAAAGAUAUACCCUACAAUAAUAGAAAACAUACGAACGCAAAUCAAAACAAUCGAAAAACAAAAUUACAGAAAUGAUAGAAAGGCAAGAGAUAAUUUCAAGACUUUACUACAAACUUUAAAAAUCGAAGCGGUUACUACAUUCAAGGACGUCUUACCUAUUCUAGAAAAUGAGGAUUCCUUCAUUGAAAUUUGCGGUAGAAAUGGAUCGUCUCCUCUUGAACUAUUCUGGGAUAUCGUUGAUGAAAAGAAGCAAUUGUUGAAAGUCAAGAAAGAUUUGGUGGAAGGUGUACUUCUAGACCUCAAGAACCAAGAUCCAGAAGCAAACUCCAUGGAAAAUUUGUUAAAGUCACAAGAAGAGUUGAUAAGUAAACUUUCCCAGGUUAAAGAUGACAGGUUGUCGCUGUUUGAUUUCAAAGAAACCCAUGAAUUGGAAAUGAUUUACAUAUCUUUGAGAAAUGAAUUCGAAAUACAAAAAGAACAAGAAAAGAAACGGUUCGAGAAAGCAUUACAGUUGGCUGAGCAUGAUUUUGGUGAAUGGUUGGCUGAUAAUUAUGAACAACUUGACAUUAUCGGAGAAGAAGAAUCCAAGUUGAUCCCCAUUCAAAUUGAAACCACUUCAAUUGGAAAGAUCUACACGUUGACUGCUAGCAUAGAUUACCAAGCUGUAUCUGACCAAUUGACGCAACUUGAUGGAUACAAGAGCAUAUCAAGCCUUGCCACGGAUAAAUCAAUUGAUUUGGUGGAUAUUGCAAAACGUAGUCUCCAAGAAUUUGUCAGGAUAAUGACAAAGAGAAGUUCCAAGAAACGUACUUUGAGUCUGAGCGAUCGAGAGUUUAAAAAGUUCAAGGCUGACUCUAGUGUAUUGUUGAAUUACUAAUAUAGAAUGUAAUAUU